GAUGUGUGUAGGGCAUUAUUAUUUCGGCGGUCGGGUAUUUCGUACAAACCUGGGUCAUCAGCCACAAUGGGCCAGUUUUUACUUCAAUAUUUAACCCCCUAAUGCUGAUAUUUGUGGCCAUAUUCUCAGCAUUUGUGUUCUCAGAGAGGCUUCAUGUGGGCAGCUUGGUGGGAGCUUUCUUUAUCGUAUUGGGUCUGUAUUUGGUGCUGUGGGGGAAGAAGGCAGAUCAUGUGGUGGCGGAUGAACAGCAGGACAAUGAAAAGGGGUUCGUUGACACUGAAAUGCAGAAUACAUCUGUAAAUGAUAAUGAAGUGAAAGAUAGUGUAAGAGAAACCAGAAUUUCUCCGAUUUGAGCUGCAAAUGUUGCAAGUUAACUACAGAACACACCAUGUGGCAGCACUUUGUUCUUUCACUGUUCUUGUAUUGUAUCUAUACUUAUAUAAGUCUAUAUUUAGAAUGGAGUUGGUUAAGUGUAGAAUUAGCCAUGCACUCCAAGACAUCUCACUUAGAACAAAUAAAAGCUGAGCCCUUCAUCCAAUCCUUGCCACUGCAUUGUUCA